AUGGCGCCAAAAACCCUUCUCGUUACUCUAGCCCUCGCUUCCGGUGCCCUGUCCGCCGUCUCCGGUACCUUCACCACCUAUUUAGGCGGCGGCUGCCGCGCCCUUGGUAGCACCGGGGGCAUCUUCGAAGGAUACUGCACCAACAUCGAGUAUUUCCCCUGGUCUGGCUUUGAAGGAGCUGUGACAUCCGGUGCAUGUGAGGAUGCUUCCAAAACUCCGACUAUCCGCCUAUACCUGGACCCAGGAUGCGAAACCAACCUCUUCACUUCGUUUACCAUCGGGGCCCAGCCGCAGUGUGUUGCCAAAACGGGGUCUGUCCAAAGCGCUAUUCUCGUCUGCGCUUAA